AUGCUUCGCGAGCUGCAGAGGCGCCUCUUGAAGCUGAUGAGUGGGGCCGACAACGAUCCAAUCAAGGUGGCAUUGGUGAAGAACGGCAUUUUGCUGGAAGACCACACGUGGCCGUACAUGCAAUGGGACAUGAAGGAGAAACGGCUGAUCUACAACAAGACAAGGACGCCUGUGACAAUGAAUGUCACCCAGGAGAUGCUGGAAGAGAUGUUGACCUUGGUCAAGGAGGACGGCGCCAUUCAGAAAUUCCACUCUCUGAGCAAGCCGGAGGAUUCCAAGAGCCAGCCGUGGAGGCUACAAGUCGGUUUGCGGAACGACCGACUCCACAAGCUGUUCACUCAGAGCUGUGAGCCUAUGGCAGAUCAUCGGCAUUCAAAUGAAGCCGCACUCGUUGAAGGCAUCCCCCCUCGCCCUGAAGGUCAAGGAUAUGACGCAGCGCCUGUGAUGACGGCAGAGCAUGGCCGCAUUGCUAUGCUGAUAGCCAAGUGGGAGCUACUGAAUCCGGCGAACCACUGUUUUGCCAACUCCUCCAUGUUGGCAAUGGUUUGGGCUUGUCUUCACCGUGUUCACUUUGCCACGGCUGACUGGGGUGCAUUGCAGUUGGGACUCGAAGCCAUGUUGCAACAGAGUGUGCCGCAGUUCCGAGGAGAUGGCAUUCCGACCUUGCACCACGACUACGUGAUCGUGGCUGCUGUGGCCCACUUGGGGCAACCUGGUGCUGGGCACUAUAGG